CACAACAUCCCAAAUUUAAAACAACCCUUUCUAUUUCCGAUUCCAAACCACACAUAUACUACAAUGUCUUCCUUCAAGCUCCUCGUUGCUCUCAUCCCCGCCUUCGCUGCCGCCGCCUGCGUCGGCCCAGCCGUCAACGACGCAACACUCGACCUCCUGAAAGGCUACGAGAAGAUGAUCCCAAACCCCUACGACGACGGCUACGGAAAUCCCACCAUCGGCUACGGCCACCUGUGCCAGGACUUUUCCUGCUCCGACGUCUCCUACUCGCAGCCUCUCACUGAAGAGACCGCGACGAAGCUGUUGGCCGAUGACUUGGAGGGCUUCCAAGACGCCGUGACCAAUGCCUUCGCCGACGCCGUCACCCUCAACGAUAAUCAAUACGGCGCUCUGGUCUCCUGGACCUUCAACGUCGGUGCGGGCGGUAUGCAAUCGUCCUCUCUUGUCCGACGUAUGAAUAACGGGGAGGACGUGGAUGUCGUUGCGGAGGAGGAGUUGCCGAAGUGGGUGCAUGCGAACGGCGCGGUCUCUGAGGGUCUGGUGAAUCGUCGGAAUGCUGAGCUGGAGUUGUUCGCCACGGCGAGUAAGGGCGAAGGUCUGCCUGCUCCUUGUUAGAUGGAGAUUGGGGGGUUAUAGGUCCGUGUUGUGAUGGCUUACUUCAACCUCUUGAAACGGGAUGGAUUAGAUGAGGGAAUGUGUAUAGCAACAUCGUGAGUUUGGCUUUUGAUGAGAUUGCAAUGGAGCUAGUAGGUGGAAUUUGGGGUUUCAUUCAUUUGAUUUAACCAUCGUCUUAUGAGAAUAUAUACCGCGAGGUAUCGGUCUAUUUC